GCUUGUCCAAUUAGUGUGUAGGUGGAGCAGAGGAGGAAACAGACCGGAGACCAACACACACACACACACACACACACUCCGCGUUUUGUUUUUUCAGUUCCUGGACGCGGAGAAAGAAGCCGUGGAUCUUUCUGUUUAGACUCACUUCCAGAAAGUUGCUCGCAGACUCUUGAAGAGGUCCGAUGGUGUUCGUGGAAGAUUCCCGGAUGAUUGAAGUGUCGAUACCUUCAAUGGAGAGGGAAGUGGAUGAGUCGGGAAAGUCCAAAAAGCGUUUCCGAGUUGAAGUCUUGUUCAACGAGAGGAAACAUUUUGUGCUCAGAAGCAGCAGCGAAUUUCAGACUCUGCACAGAAAACUCAGAAAGAUCGUUCAGACUCCAGACUUCCCGAGCAAAAGGAACCAGCAUCUGAGGACCAAACCUAUGGAGCAGAGGAGACAGGAGCUGGAAGACUACAUCCAGGACAUCAUCUAUCAAAAUGAGGACGUGCCUCAGACUCUGCUGGACUUCCUCCACGUCAAACACUUCCACACAGGGAACAAGAUCAGCAGCAUGGAAUCACUUGAUGAGUUGGACAGUCAAGAUGACAGUUAUCAGUCACCACAUCAGCGGGUGAUGGGAUUCUUUCGGGAUCCUUAUCUCUCUGACUGCACCUCAGAUCUCCCAGAUAUUGUUGUGGACGGGGUUCUUCAGGGUUUGUACCCCCGGGAUGUCCGAGUCAGCUUCACCUCCCCCACUCUCACAGAGCCUGAUCCCACAAGCUCUAUAGAAGCCUGAAAUUCUGAAUUAUAGUUUGCAAGGUUUCAUAUAUUAAAGUAGAAUGUGCAGCACAGUCAAAUACAUAGUCAAUUGAAAGCACACCUUUGUAUGAUGCAGAAGGAAAAAGUAGGUCACCUGGAGGAUGCCCACAGGGAUUUGAAUCUCUUGUGUUGUAUGGCUUUGUUACUCUGAUCCUCCUCCUGUUGUGGUGUUCAGCCUUAUUACAACCCACUGUCUUAUGAGGGGAACACCAAGCCACUCAGUGUGCGUCUGUGUUUUUAGUCAUGAAGAUGGGUGUUAGUUGAAAUAAAGUGCAAACUUUUUUAAUGAAGAUGUGACCACACUGGAAACAUUCCUUUUUAUACAUUUUAGCAUUAGAGUUGGCUGAGUUUAUUAUAAAAUAAAGGAGCCAUGGAGGAGUGUAGAACGUGACCUGAAAGGGGAAGAUAGGAUUUAGUUUUUAAAAAAUAAAAGAUAUUCUUGGUUCCAUUUUUGUCAGAUUUGUUACAGUCACUACAGACAUGACAGAAGCGGCACAAAACAACAUGGAACUGUUUCUUCCACAGUCUGAUGCCUCAGAUACUGAUACUGAAGCAAUUGUUUAGUGUUAACAAAUUUUUUUUGAAGUUCAAAUAUGUACUUUUAUAUUGAAAUUAUAAUAAAGAAUCAAACAUGA